AAACACCCUAACCGGUUUAUCAUGGCGGCCGAACUACUCUUUCCCAAGCUGGUGAUUUUUGGGGCGUCAGGGCCAACUGGACGUCAUUUGGUACAACAAGCAUUGAAUAAAGGUCACUUGGUUUCCGCUGUUGUAAGGAGUCCGGACAAAUUUGACAUCAGGUGAGUAUAUGGACUCUUAAUUGUUUUCACUGAAGUCUCGCUCUCUUAUUGUAGCGUGACGGGCGAACGUGCGAACGUUCGAGUUGAACCUUUGAGAACCUGGGCAGUUAAGUGACUCAUCUACCAUCAUAUUUCUCAAAUUUUUAAAAUUUACAGCGGACAUCACUUGCAAAGCUGGUCGAAUAUAAACGAUUGAAUAAAAUUUAAUCGUAAUGGAAACUAUCAAUUGUACAGCACACAAAUGAUUUUUAAGACAGUGUACGAAAGCGACUUGAACAAAUGUUUCUUUGUUCCAGAGUUAGUUGGAUCUGAACUUAAAGCAUCUAUCGGAAACUGCACGUGAUAAUGGCACUCGCUCGUUUUGUAUUUUUCCUUUGUGAUAACUUCCCUCCAUUUUGUGAAAGAAAAUAGGAUAGGUUACAUUUGCAUUAAAAGUGCGUGACCAAGGUCACGCCAGCUCUUAUAUCACGCAAGUACCGUAUGAGAGGUAAAUAGAAUAAAAGCGUAAUGCGAAGAAAAAAAAAACUUAGUAGUGUUCUUUGCUGAUUAAAUAAAGGUACCUUCAAGUGUUUUCAAAGGAUUCGGUGUCUUAGAUCUUCCACUCGCUAUUUUGGCAAUUUUCACGAUUGCCUUAUCAACUAAUUCCCCUUUACGAAAUUAUUAUUAUUUUUUAAUGUAUAAAAGUUUUUAAAUAGCCCUUUACAGGUAUUGUUAAUGUCGUAGCUAUAGUAAUUAUUUGCUUCUUUGAUCGUCCAUAUCAGCGUGGAAAACUGGUUCAUUUGGUUACUGAUGAACAAGAAAUCCCUUACACAUAAGGCCUUAUAUUCUCUAGAUGGAGAAGGAAUUCUGAAGUAGUUUAAGGCAAAUGGUUCUCACCUUUUUAAUCUGCACAGCGUAAGACCUAUUUCGCUUCUGAGCAAUGAUAAUUACCUUGCGGAUUUUAUUACACAGACAUGAAAAGUUGGAAGUCAUAAAAGGAGACGUGUUUGACUCAGAGUCACUAAAUCCCAUUCUUCAAGACAAAGACGCUGUAUUAUCUUGCCUUGGUGCACAUGGAACAAGUGUCUUUAAGCACACAACUUUGUACUCAGAGUCAAUGAAGUCAAUAUCAGCAGCGAUGGAGAGGUAAGUUUACUUUUUAGAGUGUAAACAGAUUGUGGGUUCCCAUAAAGAAUGGUUUAAAAUUAUCCAUCUAUACAACAGGUGAGUUUGGUACAUCAGUGAGAAAAUGAUACUACAUGCUGCAUCACAUAGCAACCUUCCACGAGAGCUCCUGAAAAAAGAGCGAACCCGAACCUUACGACCCAGCGUUUAAUGCGCUUCUUAAAGGCCAAAGCAUCACUCACGAGUGUGUGGAGGUCAGAAGUGGUUGAGGAGUAAUGCGGUAAUCACCCUCCACAAAAGCGCGCGCUCUGAUCGGUCAAGUCAGAGUCUACUCUUUGCCCAUGGGUAGGUGUAGGCUUUUGACGUGAGCAAAUCAUGACUAGUUUCGCGCACUUGUUUUGUCUGGUUACGAAUGAUUUGUUCAAGUAGAGGGAACUCUUUUCCUUCAAUGUAUCGAUGUUGUGUCAUAAAACAAAUGGUUAACACUACAUCGCACACCAUCGAGUUACGGAUGCACGCGGGACGUUGAACAAAUAUUGCGAGUGACCCGAAAAACAAGCGCGAAAACUAGUCGUUGCAUUUGCAUUUUCUUUUUUUCUCCUUGUCUUCUUUUGCUUUCGCGUACUUCAACAAGCUUCAUAUCACAUUCACCUUUGUACACAAGCUUCAUAUCACAUUUACGUUUGUACACAGCUUGAGGUAGUUUACUCACAAAAGUAAUUUUCUCCGUAUAGGAGUAACGUGGAUAGAUUAGUCUGCGUAACAUCAUGGGGCACUCAGAAAGAACCAGGAAAUCCUAAACUUAUGGAGUACUUGCUCAAGCCGUUGAUGAUGGCCGGAUUCAUACAUGACAUGGCGUUGAUGGAGAGGAUGCUCAUGGAAACAAAUUUGAACUACACCGUUGUGCGUCCUCCAGGAUUAAAGAAUGGUGAAUAAAAUAAUUAGAUCUACGAUUUGCAGUUGUUGUUUUUAGGCCUGACGAUUCGCGGAAUCUGGAGUCGAGGGGUCUAGGUGUAAGUCCUGCCCGGCCCUCUUUAUCCCAUAACUUUUUUAUUCACUUUUUCCACCCUGGAGUAUAAAUUGUUACCAGAUGACUGUCAAUGGGGGGGUCAAUGGGUCAAUGUCUGUCUCCGGCAGAAUAAGGUACAAGGAUUCCUUCUACUGGGCUGAUCGACCCUUUUGUCUCUUUGAAAAUUUGGGAUGAGGGAAGUUACGAGCUCAUUAGGUGUCUAAUAGGAAGAAAUCCACAAUAUUUUCAAAGCCCAACGAAUUAGUCAGUGCGGAACUAGUCAUAUGAUAAAAGAUAAUACCACUUGAGGCUAAAUGUGUAUUUCCUGAUUGCACGAGAUUCAUUAGGCUUUAUCUCCUCAUUCAGGUCCGGCCAAAGGAGAUUACUCAGUACAAGAAGGGCAGAUUGUCCCAAACACGUCAUGGUUCAUACCAAGAGCCGAUGUUGCAGACUUUAUGUUAUCGUCGCUUAAUACCCCGGAAUGGGACAGAAAGUGCGUGGCCAUAGGCAGCAAGUCAUGAAACGUGAUGUGACUGGUAUUUCGUGUCAUUACCUGAUUAUUCAAUACCUUUAUAUGGAAGACUCCCUGUCAAUCCAAUCAAUUACUACGGAUCAAGGCCAAGGUCAAAAAAUAGACAGUACAGUUAUGGUCGACAUUAGACCGUUAUUACAAUAACGGGGCUAAGUUGUCAAAAGUGUUGGUUGUGAAAGUGACAAACAUUUUGUAAAGGUGUAUAAGGUUGUUGUAAAGUUGUAUGGGAUGCGUACGGUGAGGUUCCAAUUAAUCUUUGGUUUAAAAUUUAUUUGCCCUCUUUUCGUUUUUUUCUUUAUUUAUUUUCCUUUUUGUUAGGUACGGCAAUGUUUGAUAUAUGACUGAAACUGACAAACAAAAUCACGGAUAAAAUUACACCACAACGUAUCCAGGGUUUAGAAACUGAUGCGAGUGACUUAACGGAAAAUAAACGUACGCUCUCGCUGAAGAAUGAACAAGAAAAGUCAUAACAUAUACUGCAGUAGGUACCCCCCGUGUAGGAUAGAGAAUGACAUCAAGCACUUUUACCUUCCUUUGAAUCACGAGUUAAAUUCAUCAACCAUACCAUCACACUGACUUUUUCGUAUUGAUAUGAAGUUACGUUUUGAAGGAAACACGAAAGUGGCGACGGUGGAGAGGGAAAAUGGUAUUGUCAUUUUGAGUCAUUUGCGAAUGCGGUUCAGCUUCGACAUUCUGUAAUUUCGAACAGAGCGCGAAUUACUUCAAUAGAAAUGUAAAGUUUAAGAUGUCAUUGCACUAUUUAUCGUUGAUAUUAUUACAUCAGGGCUUCCUGUAUUAUCAAGAUAUCUAAAGUACUUUAAGUAUUUACUUUGUGGUACUAAAGGACGAGAUCACUUUAAACCGAUUCGAGGAGUGAUCUUUGAAGUAAACUCGCAGAGUUUUAGUGAAACGAUUUGUAGUGUGCAUAACGUCUUUUCUUGGGAAGAAAGCUUCCCAGAAACAUAAAGUUUGUGAAAAAUUAAGUCUAUGUAUAGGUGUUUAACUUAAAAGAACAAAUGCUCUGUCGAGAGGUGCACUCCAAACAGGCUCCUUACCUAUUAUGUUCUAAGAUCAUCUAAAGCCUUUUUCAGACGUUCUCUUCAGACACUUUUUUUAGCUCAUUCAUGUGCUUGCACAAUGAAAAUGUUCGCAACUAGGGGUACCCUAAACAGUUUUUUGGCACACGCAUUCGCUAUCACGUGGACGAGACGGACCAUCGAGGCAGCCAUAUUGGAUAGUUGCUAAGGUUAUUAUUUUGCGUUGAAUUGCAUUGGAAAGUCGUGGUAAGUACGUAAAUCAUUGCUUUAUUAUUGUGCUUUUCCCUUGGAGCUCUUCAACCUACAACGCACACAUCAAUAAUAGCGGCCAAGAUAGUCACACUAAAACAUUGGAGCUCCUGUUUCGGCCCAGACUUGAGGCUCGCUCGUACAAUAACUGCUGUACAAUUUACUUUACAAUUUGCUUUACAAUCUGCAAUACGAACCACGAAACAAUCUCUCAUUUAAAACUUGCUUGAGAUGGCUACCAGUCACAUUAGAUCAAUCACAGGAAAUAUUAUCAAGUUUAUCAAGACGAAGCUGUCCUUCUUCGCCAAUAAGAUUCGCUUGCUCUUUUCCAAACCACAGGCAGCAACAUCGACCUCAACAACACACGUGGGCGAGUUAAAUGAAUCACAAGAUGAACAAACCGUUCUAAAUGUCAGCAACUUAUGUUUUCAAGUUAUUAUGGAUGAAAAAAUUGUAAAAUCAAUUGAACUUGGUGGUGCUGACUGACAUUCAUACAAACAAUAGAACUUAUGGUUAAAAGUUCAUUUGCUACAUUCUUUGCACAAAAAGGAGAAGUUAACGAAAGCGUUUGCAAUUUAUGGGCUGUUUAUAUUGUUUAAUAUUCUUAAUGGAAAGAAAUGCAUUGAACUUGAUAAUGCUCAAUUACCAGAGAACCUGCACAGGUAGUUUUCCCAUUGUUACUGUUACUGUUACUGUUGUUUGUUUUUCUUUCAUAUAAUAUUCUUAAUGGAAAAAAAUGCAUUGAACUUCAUAAUGCUUAAUUACCACAGAACCUGCCCAGGUGGUUUUCCAAUUGUUAUUGUUACUGUUGUUUUUUUAAUUAUUAAAGCUAUUGUUUAAUGUUACGAUUUCAUUGUUGGAAAGAUGGUAACUUUUUCACUACCAUAUAUAUAAAACUAAGCAUGAUGGCAACUCUUAAUCACAG